AUGGUUAACAAGAGCGAAAAUUGUUCUUCGAAGUUAGAAGGGAUUGAUGUUGAAUUGUCUAAGGUGGAAGAAAAGUUAGGGUUUUUCGACGAAUGUAGAAAAAAAACUUUCAGCUUCUUAGAAGCACAGCUCAGUUCACUUCAAUCAGUUCUUCAGGAUGCUGAUAGUUCUACUGAUGUCAAAAAGCAUACAGGUCAAUUUGUUAUGAAUGCAAGAUCAAAACUAUCAGAUUAUAUAAAAUCUCAUCGUGAUAUUCACUUGCCGAUUUCUAAAUUUGGAAAGCUUGUAGAUAAGAGUUUUGUUGAUGAUCUCUCUCACCUCACUACUUACUUCACGAACCGAGAGAAAAAAGAAUGUCCGACUUCUAAGUCUACAAUGAAGGCUGCUAUAAAUACACCACUAUUAUAUGAAAAUCCGUUAACAACUAAGACUUCAGAUGAUCUUUUACGUUUGGUUAUCAUAGAACACUUACUUCGUGAAGGUCAUGAGUCUUUGGCUGUAGAUUUAAUGCAUAAUUUUGGCUUUACUGAAGAAGAUAUAGGCUUGGAAAAAUUUAAGGAGCUUAGUGAUGUAGUUUUGUCUACUCAGUGUGGGGAAUUAGAUCCAGCUAGAAAAUGGUUAUCAAAUAAUCGUGAAAAUCUAGGUGAUAAAGCAAGGCACCUAGAAUACUGUCUAGCCAAAUUAGAUUUCUUGUCAACAAUACAAAGGGAACCUGUUGAUCCAGCUGCUGUAAUUCAAAGUGCCCGCCAGUUGGUACCUUUCGCUUCUGAUUAUUCAUCAGAUUUUGAACAUCUUAUGGGAAGUCUAGUUUUCAUUGGACGCAGUUUAGAGGAUACACCGUAUGCUGAUCUAGCACUACCAACAAAUUUAGCCAACGUAUCAUACGAAAGUAGUCAGGAAACAGAGAAAUCUGACGCUGUUCUCAUGAUGGAUAAUAGAUGUUCGUUGUCUUCAUCAUCAUCGUCAACUACGCCAACAAAGAAAUCGAAGACAGACGGUUCCAAUGCUUUAACUGAUGCGGCAAAUUUAUUCAAGGCGUGCUGUUGUCAUCGUUUAAAUUUAUCUGAUGUUGAUCCACUUUUAACUGCAUUUUCGUCUGGAUGUCGUGUACUUACUCGACUGCAUUCAUUACAACGUGCUAUCGCUUGUCUAAGUAAAUACAGUUCACUGGACGGUGACAUGUUACCGAUUGCUGUGAAACUGGAUCCAAGUGCUCAUCGUCAUAAUAUUUUUCAUUGUCCUGUUAUCAAAGAAGUUAUCUCUGAGUCGAAUGAUGGCAGUGGUAGUGGCAGUGGUCCUGUACGUCUCACAUGCGGUCAUGCUAUAUCAAGGGAUGCAUUCAAUUCUUUAGCCAGUGGUGACAGAAGUCGAAUGAAAUGCCCAUAUUGUCCUGUGGAAACAUUUAAAAAUCAGGUGUUGGAUUUGAUUUUUUAA